CGGAAAAGGACAGUUUAAACUACCGGUGGAAGUUGGUAGCAGCGUUGUUGGGUUAUAUAUUCAUAUACAUACAUAUAUACAUAUAUGUAUAUUUGUUGUAACAUCUACUUCUUGUCAAAAGUUUUUACUGCAAACGACAAAAGUUGGGCAGUUAGAGGCAAUCCUUUUCAAGGUUCUCAGACUCAGUGGAUAAAAUGCUUGUUUCUGCCCUUUUGACAUCUCUUGCUAUCAAUUCUGGCCUAUGCAUUCUAUUCUUCGUAUUGUAUUCCAUAUUGAGGAAACAACCGAGUAACUAUGCUGUUUAUGUACCCCGCUUGCUGGCUGAAGGAAAAUCGAAACGUAGAAGUCAUUUCAACCUGGAAAGGCUUAUACCUUCUCCUACUUGGCUGAAAAAUGCAUGGAAGCUCUCUGAAGAGGAAUUAUUGUCAUCCUCAGGCUUGGAUGCUGUGGUUUUCAUGCGCCUAAUAACCUUCAGUUUGAAAGUAUUUUCGUUUGCUGGGAUUAUUGGCAUCUUUGUGCUUCUACCAGUGAACUGCACUGGAGAGCUUCACAUUGUCGACUUUACUAAUCUUCCAAAUAAUUCCCUGGAUGUAUUUACUAUUUCAAAUAUUGGAAAUGGCUCAAAAAGGUUAUGGAUUCACUUCUCUGCUGUGUAUGUUGUCACAAUCUUUAUCUGCUAUCUACUUUAUUAUGAAUAUAGAUAUAUUUCUUCAAAAAGGAUGGCUUAUUUUUAUUCAUCCAAACCCCAACCACAUCACUUCACAAUCUUAGUUCACAGUAUCCCUGUUUCUGUGGAGAGCAGUGUUAGUGAGAGUGUUGACAGAUUUUUUUCGGAGUACCACCCUUCAACAUAUCUGUCACACAUAGUUAUUCAUCGAACAAACAGACUUCGAAGUCUCAUUAAUGAUGCAAAGCAAUUGUAUGGAAGGCUCACUCAUUUAAAAUCAGAUGACACUCAACAAAAAUAUCAUCGUAGCUGUUGUUUUGGAUUGUGCGGGCGUAAGGUUGAUCUUACAGAUGAAUAUGAAAAGCAGCUAGUAGACAUAGAAAAGAAUUUGAGGUUGGAGCAGUCAGAAGUUUCAUCUUCAGGACAUAAGGAAGCUCGGGCUGCAUUUGUGUCCUUCAAGUCUCGAUUAGGUGCUGCAAUUGCUUUCCACUUGCCACAGUCAAGCAAUCCCAUUGAGUGGGUCACCGAGGAAGCUCCUGAACCUGAUGAUGUUUAUUGGCCUUUCUUUUCCUCAUCAUUCAUGCAUAGAUGGAUAUCUAAGCUGACAGUUGUAGUAGCAUGUAUUACUCUUACAAUCUUAUUCCUUGUUCCUGUUCUGAUUGUGCAAGGUCUUACCAACCUAAGUCAGUUGAAAACUUGGUUUCCCUUUCUCGAAAGCAUUCUGACCAUAAAAAUUGUCAGUCAAGUCAUCACAGGGUACCUUCCGAGUCUCAUUCUUCAGUUAUUUUUGAAAGCUGUGCCCCCGAUCAUGAAGUUCCUUUCAUCUAUACAGGGUUAUAUUUCUCAUAGUAACAUAGAAAAGAGUGCAUGUAACAAAGUGCUUUGGUUCACCAUAUGGAAUGUAUUUUUUGCUACUGUAUUUUCUGGAACAGCUAUUUAUGUGGUUGACAUAUUUCUUGAGCCCAAACAAAUUCCUGGAAAACUAGCUGUUGCAGUUCCAGCACAGGCAUCGUUUUUCAUUGCAUAUGUUGUCACAACAGGAUGGACAAGCGUUUGCUCAGAACUGUUUCGCAUAAUUCCUUUCUCUUUCAGCUUAAUAAAAAGACCUUUCACUCGAAGUACAGAUCAUGAACUUGAAGUUCCUUCUCUUCCUUACCAUAAAGAUAUUCCAAGAAUUCUUUUCUUUGCUCUUCUCGGGAUCACAUACUUCUUCCUAGCUCCACUGAUUCUACCCUUCCUCUUGUUGUACCUCUGUCUUGGAUACAUCAUUUACAGUAAUCAGUUCAUAAAUGUAUAUGCUCCAAGGUAUGAAUCUGCAGGAAAGUUUUGGCCCAUAGUGCACGAUUCAAUUAUAUUUUCUCUGGUACUCAUGCAUGCUAUUGCGGUUGGAAUCUUCACAUUGAAGAAGCUCUCUUUGGCAUCAAGCUUAAUUUGUCCUCUUCCAAUCUUUACUCUUCUGUUCAAUGAUUACUGCCGGAAACGCUUCCUCCCCAUUUUUGUUGCUUACUCUGCCGAGAGUUUGAUAAAGAAGGAUAGGCAGGAAGAGAAUGAUCCUGAAAUGAGUGAAUUUUACAAUAAAUUGGUCAUUGCCUACCAAGAUCCUGCCUUGAUGCCGGUGCGUUUCUCUUCAAGCAGUGAUGGCCUUAACAGUCCUCUCAUUUCUUCUGCUCAAGUUUGAAGUGCCAAGCCAAAGUAUCCAGUUUGAAACAUUUACUCUCAUUUUUAGAACAUUUCAUUCUUUUCCCAUGUCCAAUAAGAUUGUCCAGAUUGUCCAGAAAAAAUGUAGUGCUGUGUAUAUUUGCAUGCAUUUUGUAUUUUGAGUUUGUAUGCAUGUAUAAAUGUGCGCAAGAGUUGCUAUCAGCAAGCCCUUUUCUUUUCUCGUUAUAGCCUUGAUUAUUUUCUGUACUUAAUUUGGUUUUUAUAUGCUAAACGUUGGACUGUGGAGUUUAAAUUCACCAGCCAGGAAUAUCAAAAAAUUAUUAUUUAUUUA